AUGGCCGCCAAUAAACCCAAUUCUCUUUCCAACAAGGAGAGCCAUUUGGUAGACCCGAUGCUUUCGGAAACUGAAUCUACGAGCUACGACUUCUCCUUCGGCGCCGCUGCCCCAGAGGCGGCGACAUACACCAAUAGUCGCCCCGUCCUCGAGCAGCCGGCUGUGCUCCCGCAGCCAGCAAGAACACUCAGCCAUACGAAGCCAAUAUCUGACCAUUCUACUUUGCCCAAUGCAAGCGCCAACGCUCCCCGAAAGCGCCGACACAGCCAUUUUGAGCAGGAAGGAGGUGUGAUCGACGGCACUUCGCACUACAGCAGUGCCGACAAGCAUUAUAUUCUUCAUCAUCAAUUGGAAGCCUAUACGCAGGUCACUGAGUUACCCGAUACCAACGUUCACACAGCACUGCCCACGUUGCCCACUGCAGGUUCACUGACCUCCACUGUGGAACAGCUCGAUCACGCGAGAUUCAACGAGCAAUAUUCCAAUGCAGACAGAUUAUACCAAGGCAUGUGGCAGCGACCAGCACCUGGCUUCGCCAACGACAACCUUCUUGGGACACCGAACACGUUACCAUACCCGCAUGGCUUCUUACAAGGCUACGUUGGCAACCUUUACGCUACCACAUCGUCGCGCAGUCUAGCUAUAACGCAUCAAGCUCCACCACCAUUCCGACCUCUCGCCGCGCCUCGUGUGCCAUCGUCCACGACGGCCGGGCUAUCCAUCGAUUUGAGCCACGUCAUUCCGAUCACUCAGCCUCUGCCUCCAAUCGACAUGCCAACGCCGGAAGAGAUAUUGACCUUCUGGCCAAACUGGUUGACCUCACCUGAGCUUGCCGUGAGGAUGCAACGCAACGGCAUGACAGCGAGGAUGAUCGUUACUGUGCAUCUCAGCGCGUCUGGGCAGCUCAACAACGCAGCAAUCAACAAGCGCCUGACUGACAACCUGAAGAAGCAAUUCUCGCACGGUGGUCGACAUUAUUACGAUUGUGGAGAUCACUGGGACGUGCAAACUGCGAAAGAUGAUGGCCCAGACGACGAUAUGACUGCGAAUAAUUGGCACACUCGCGAGGAGCAUGUUCUCGCCAAUGGUGUUCGCUUGGAUGGCAAGGCGCCUCCAAAUGGUGCUUGUUGGAAUGGUGAUAUCUUGUCGGAGCCGACUCAAGAGUGGAAAGAUAUGCCACUGACUGAGUUCUUUGUGAACGUGCCACGCGGUCAUUUUCCAACCGGUCAGGGCCGGGGAAUGGUUACUCGAUGUCUGGAAGCUGUGCAUGACGAUCCAGAUUACGCUGUUCUGAACCUCACAACAGCUCAUUGGGAUUGGCUGAGAGCACCUUAA